AGAGUGAAAACUUCUCAGCCCAGGUGAUUUCCCAUUCAAGCAAAAAUUGGCAUAAUUAGCUCAGGUGGAACAUUAUUAACAGAGCCUCGACAUUUCAUUGUUAAUUUUUCUGUUGGCUGUUUGCUAGUCAAGAUAGUGUUUGUCACUUUUGUCUUUCUCUGCGGAUUAAAAUUAUAUUUUUGUUUUGUGCUGACAUCAUGAACUGGUGUUUAUGUUUGCUUCUAGAGGUGCAAAUGCACAGCGUGGUGCCUGUGAUUCACACACUGAAGUAUUUCCACACUGCGUCCUCUCAAGUUCUAAACUUCCCAGAGUUUGUGAGUGUUGGUUAUGUUGAUGACGUUCAGAUUGUUCACUAUGACAGCAACAGCAGGAAAGCUGAAGCCAAACAGGACUGGAUGAACAAAAUCACAGCAGAGGAUCCAAAAUAUUGGGGGACACAAACAGAGAUCGGUGUCUUUAAUGAGCGUGUCAUCAAAAACAACAUUGAAGUUCUUAAGAAGCGUUAUAACCAAACUGAAGGUGUUCACGUUGUCCAGAAGAUGUCGGGAUGUGAAUGGAAUGAUGAGACUCAUGAAGUCAAAGGUUGGUAUCAGUUAAGUUAUGAUGGAGAAGAUUUAAUAUCGUUGGACAUGAAGACAUGGACAUGGACCGCAUCAAGACAACAAGCUUUCCCCUCCAAACUCGAGUGGGACCAGGACAAACUUCUACUAGACUACAUGAAGUAUUACUACACUGAGCAAUGUCCUUCUUACUUGAAGAAGUAUGUGAACUAUGGGAAGGAGGUCCUAAUGAGAACAGAGCUUCCAGAGGUGUUCCUCCUCCAGAAGACGCCGUCCUCUCCGGUCAGCUGCAUGGCGACAGGUUUCUACCCCGAGGCUGCCGUCCUGUUUUGGAGGAAAGACGGCGAGCAGAUGUUUGAGGACGUGGAGCACGGAGAGAUACUCCCCAACCACGACGGAACCUUCCAGAUGUCAGUGCACCUGAAAGUGGAGGUGACGGCCGACCUGGAGGGCAAGUACGAAUGUGUGUUUCGGCUGUCUGGCGCCAAGGAGGACUUAGUCACCAAGCUGGAGAGAAGAAGCAUCCUGAGCAACGCAAGCCAUGGAGACAACUUGAGCGUCGCCCUCAGUGCCACGGCAGCGGUCGUCGCUGUGGCGGCCCUCCUGGCAGCCAUCUUCAUGGUCAGGUGUCACAGAAACAGACCAGUACUUGAUGGAGAUGAUAUCAUCAGUGACCUCAUACAGUACCAGUUGGAGAUAUCACCAGUGACCCCGUGCAUUAUCUGCAGUACUUGGAGAUGAUAUCAUCAGUGACCCCAUACAGUACCCGGUGGAGAUGAUAUCACCAGUGAUCCAAUAGAGUAUCUGCAGUACUUGAUGGAGAUAUCAUCAGUGACCCCAAGCAGUACCUGAUGGAGAUGAUAUCACCAGUGACCUCAUGCAGUAUCUGCAGUACUUUAUGGCGAUAUCAUCUGUGACCCCAUACAGUACCUGGUGGAGAUGAUAUCACCAGUGAUCCAAUUAAGUAUCUGCCAAUACUUAAUGGAGACGAUAUCAUCAGUGAUGCCAUGCAGUACCUGAUGGAGAUGAUAUCACCAGUGACCCCAUGAAGUAUCUGCCUGUACAUGAGGGAACAGAUAUCAGUGAUGCCAUACAGAACCUGAUGGAGAUGAUAUCACCAGUGACCCCAUGAAGUAUCUGCCAGUACUUGGAGACGAUAUCGUCAGUGAUGCCAUGCAGUACCUGAUGGAGAUGAUAUCACCAGUGACCCCAUUAAGUAUCUGUCAGUACCUGCCAAUGCAAUGAUAGUUUUACCUGUGUGCGUAAUAAUUCAAUUAAAUCCUUACUUUAGUAACUUUUUUAAAGCAAGUAAGCUUUGUAGUUAUCAUAAUGUAGUCACGACUCCAGAAUGUAAAGGGAUAUUGUGUAUAGUGGUCUUAAUAAGGGCUUUGUGAUAUACAUCAAUAGGGCGAGUUAGCAAAAUCUGCAUGUGGACUGUAGUGGGCCGGUCUAGUCCAAAAAGUCCAGGGCCAAAUUUUAGUCCCAGUCCACCCCUGGUUGUGACUUGUCCUGUCAGUCAGGUGAUUAUGUUCACAGAUAUA